UCCUUUAAUUUGUUUCAAACUCAAAUUUACUUAACUGUAAUACAUGUAAUAGCUGAUAUUGAUAAUUCUGUGUACAUGUAAUGUAAUUAGGACAGAUGAUUGCUCCGCGUGUCCGAGGGGCGGGGACGCGCGCCUGAAGCCGCCUGUGAGCCGCAGAUCUUCAGACGCUCGUUCACGAGGACCGGACACUCGCAACGGUCUCACACACAUCAUGACAUCGACCCGCGUCCUGCUGCUGAUCAGCACACUGUCACAGCUGUGUGGAGCUCAAGAUGAGCUGGUGCCGGCGAUGAUGUCAGCGGAGGAGGAGAGCCAUAUCCCAGAAUCCCCUGCUGUCCUGAGCGUGGCGCGUGAGCAGAUCCUCUCGGCUCAGUUUGAGUGUUACCUGAAGAUCAUGUCUGAUCCUCCGCGCAGAGACCCGGGCCCGUACUGUAACCGCACCUGGGAUGGUUGGCUCUGUUGGGGAGACUCCGCCCCCGGCACCGCCCUCCAGCUAUGCCCCGCCUACUUCCAUGACUUUGAUCCAACCGAGAAAGUGAGCAAAGUGUGUGACUCGGACGGUCAGUGGUUUCAUCAUCCGGUCAGCAACCGUCUGUGGACCAACUACACGCAGUGCUCAGCGGACACUCACCAUAAACGAGAGUUCAUCCUGGUGAAUUACUAUCUGGUGAUGGUGGGACACGGGCUGUCCAUCAUAUCGCUGUUCAUCUCCAUCUGCAUCUUCUCACACUUCAAGUGUUGAGCUGCCAGCGAAUCACUCUUCAUAAAAACAUGUUCACCUCCUUCAUCCUGAACUCGAUCGCCACCAUCGCCUGGUUCUACAUCGUCAGAGAUCAGAGACCAGAGAACCCCAUGGAUUCGGUAGGUGCAGAUAUACU